AUGUCCGAUAAUAAUACAUCGCCAACGUCACCAAGCGUAAAUGAAGAAUCAAAUUCUGAAGCUAAAAAACGUUCACACGAAAGCGUUGAAGAUCAUGCCAAAAGGCAGAAAACAGAAGGUUCUACUUCACCAACCACCGUACCCACCCCCAAAUCAACUACGUCCUCGCCGCCCGAGACAUCAACAAAAAAUUCACAUUCUUCGUCUUCUAGCGUAGCGGCGGGAACGUCAACAACGACAAAUUGUCCAACAGCAACAGCGGCAUUUCCUAAAUCCUGGCCUGAUCAAAUGCCAGCAGCUUUACAUUUGAAUGAAACUCAGAAGACAGCCUUAGAAAAAGCUAAAGCUUUCGCAAGGGAGAUGCAAUCAGUGCUACUAAAAUCAGCCGGGAAAGGUAGUUCUCCCCCACCAAUCCCACCUCUUUUUCUAUCAACUAAUCCCGCUUUGGCUUCGGGAAUAGAUCCGCGUUCUUUAUCUGUUUUAUCUCGUAUAUAUGUUGGUUCGAUCAAUUUCGAACUUACUGAACAACAUUUACGUGUAGUAUUCGGUCAAUUUGGUGCAAUAAAAAGUGUUAGCAUGUCUUUAGAUCCCCUUACUGGAAAACAUAAAGGAUUUUGUUUUAUUGAAUUCGAAACGCCGGAAGGUGCAUCUUUAGCCCUCGAAUCGAUGAACGGAGCUGAAUUAGGUGGAAGACAACUUAAAGUUGGAAGGCCUAACAAUUAUACAGCUGCUACCGCCGCUGGUUUAUUACCUCCUCCUAAAACUCGAAUAUAUGUUUCUAAUGUUAACGAAUAUGUAAGCGAAGAUGAUUUAAUGAGUAUCUUUGAAUCAUUCGGAAAAAUUACUCAUUGCGCUUUAAUGCCCGACCUUAUAACGAGAAAACACAAAGGAUAUGGUCAGUCAUUCACGCCAACAUCGUUCUAUGAUGAACAUCCAAUACUUUCGUUGAUAUUGGCGACUACAGCUUGGACGGUUGACAGUGGCAGUGCAAUUUCUGAUGAAUCUUCAGCUAGUACAGCUGUCAGUUCUAUGAACAAUUUCGAAUUGGGCGGUUUAAUUUUACAUGUGGGUAAAGCUGUAAUAGGUGGACCGCUUAGUGAAGGAAUGAAAGCAAUCGACAAGUUACCUCCUUUACCCGCAGGAACAACACCACCACAAACUAUUUCAACAUCUCCUUCUGUGACUGCCGCAGCUGCUGCCGUUAAAGCACAAAAUGCAGCUGCAAAAAUUGCAGCUGAUCUUGCUGCAAGAGGUCAAACUGCAGUUGAAUCAGUUGCGCAAGAGGAAAAUAUGAGUAUUAGUGCUAGUCAACGUUAUUCUAUUAUGCAAAAACUAGCGCGGGCUGAGUCAUCUCCUGUUGUGAUGAUACGUAAUGCUGUUGCACCCGCGGAAGUUGAUGAGGCCCUUCAAGAUGAAUUUCAAGAAGAAUGUAGCAAUUAUGGUAAAGUUAACAAAGUGGCCGUUCAUAUUGAUUCAGAAGAAAUUACUGAAAAUGAACGAGGAUUGGUUAAAGUUUUCGUUCAAUUCGAGGAUGGUUCUGCUGCUGAAAAAGCUAAGGAUAAGUUAGAUGGUCGAUGGUUUGGUGGUCGUCGUAUAAGUGCGACUUUGUUUGAUCUUAAGAAAUUUCAGACAGGCGAUUACUCUAAUUGA